UGUGAGACUCACGCAAAUGACAUGUUGGCAUCUUGGUCGCGGUUGGCCCUAUGUGCUGGCGCAGUUGUUUUGGCAGCGUGGUCUUUAAUUAUCACAAGCAGGUUGGUGAGAUUACAGGAUGACACUGGCCCGGUUUUUCUUGAACAGCCUGUGGAGACAGUGGUUGCUCCAUCACCUCUCUUUCUUCUUUGGGCUUAUGAUUUUUCAAUGAGAACUGAUUCUGGCUUUAUGCUUGAGUUUGCGGCGGAACUCAUAGCUUUGGGGUACAGAGUAGUGAUGGAAAGCCCUUCUGAUGGGGCGCUGCCGCAACGGCUCUAUCCCCAACAUGCGUUCACCGCCAGAGUGAACCCUCAUUUGCAGAAGGUUUUGUCAGGGCACAGUGGUGCUGCACGGAAUGCCAUCGAUGCCAUUGGUGAGUCUCCAGAAUUUAUCGUUUGCUUCUCCAGUCUUUGGGCGCCAUUUUUUCUUCAAAUGCCGGAUAAGAAUGACCUGCGAGCUAUUUGGUACUUCUACACGCCCCAGAGAUGUGACACAUCUCAGGAGACCAGUUGGGAGACAGAGCAGAUUGGAAAGGCUAUGGCCAAAGCUCACAAAGUGGUUUUUGCCAGUGCUGCUCGCCAGAGAGAGUGGUCGCAACAAGACCAUGGGCACUUCACAACUCUUCGACCAUUUGUACGAAAUGUCAGUCUACUUCAUGAAGGGCUCACGGCGCAGAAUCGAAACCAGCUCCGGCAGAUCAUUCGGGCUGAGCAUCAUCUAAGGUCUGAAGACUUCAUGAUCACUGUCUUUGGAUCAGAUCCUUGCAAGACAGGACGAGAUCUCCUUUUGGGACAUGUCUUGAACGUGCUGAACACGUCCUCGGAGCGUUCGUGGUUCGUCGCAUCCUUUGGAUCAACCAGCAUCGCUCAGCGUGCCAAUUUCAUCUCCUUCGACUGGACCAACCUCGGGAAAUACCUGGCAGCUGCAGACUUGCAUGUCAGUUUGAGCUGGCAAGACUUUCCGCUGGACACGCUCUAUGCCAGAGCAUUGAGUGUCCCGGUCCUUGCACCCAUAUCUGAGUUGGCUGAAGGGAACUCACUUGAUGGGAGCUUUGCCUUGCCCGACUUGACAGAAGGUGCUCUUGAAACUUCUUUGGAAACCAUCCUCCGAUUGAGCGCAAAGGACUUGUCGGCUAUUGGAAAGAGAGGUCGGGUCGCGGUAGAGGCGAGGUUCGCCGGUCCAGUGGUUCAGACCCGAAUGUCGCAUUUGCUGGACAUUUUCAAAGCCCCAAAGUUAGCGAAUUGGCUUGCUGAUGGGCCUCGAAUUGGCAUUUUCAUCCAGAUGCAUGACCCAAGCCGAUUUCACCAGUUGCGACAAUGUAUUUUCAACACGUUGACCGUGGCUGGAAAUGGCACUGUGGAUAUUUUUCUGAUCACCACUCAGCCUCUUGAGCAGUUAUUUUAUAUGGUCAAAAGAAUUGUCAAGGAAUCCUUGCCAGCACUUCGCUUUGUUGUGACCUCAAGGGCGGACAAUAAAGGUGCAGACAUUGGACUGUUUCUGCACCAACUUCUUCUUGCAAAAGAACUUUCCUUCGACCAUGAUCUCAUCUUGAAACUGCACACCAAGCGAGACAAACCUUGGAGGGAAAGGAUGGUUCGAGAGGUUUGCGGAAGCACCCAACUUGUGAGGAAGAUCAUCGAGAAGUUCAGCGACCCGACCAUCGGCAUGAUUGGUCCUAGUAGUUUUACUUGGACAAAGGUUGGGCGCAAAGGCCUUGGAGUGUUUGGCCUUGGGAUUCAUGCUUUCUCUGAAGUGGCGACUGUUCAAAUGAGAACCGCUUGGUCAUUAAUCAGUCCAGCUGGUCUUCCACCUCAAGACACUUGGACAAUUGUGGCCGGAUCCUUCUACUGGGUCAGAGCAGGCUUGAAGAUCUGGGAAGAGAAACUUCUGAACUACGCCCCGACACUCUUGGACGUGAUGGGACCGUAUAAAAGUGGCUGCAAUGACUUUGGGUGCAAUACAGCACUUGGCCUAGAAAGAGUCAUGCCUACAUUGGUUGCUACAACGUUCACAGUUGCUACUGAGCUUUCGAUCAACACCGCAAACGUGAAGAAUUCAACCAGGCCUGCAGCGCUUGAGGAUAAUGAGACCCAUUUGACUGCAUCAGUGCUUGAGAACACUAGCCAAGUGGACAAUAGCUCCUCGCCAGUUGGAAAUUAAUCUAGUUUGACUUGCCAGUUGAAAUAGCCUUGCUUAAAGCAGGCAUAGGGAAAAGAUCCUAAGGAAAGCUUCGCGAGAAAGCAAUUGGUCAACCGCAAGUGAUACUGGUUGUGAACACCCCUAGAUUACCUCUACCGAAGGUUCGUGGUCAUAAUGCUUGCCAGUGAAGAGGGCUUUCGUUUCGUGGGGAAGUGACGAGAGGUUCACCUGCUCUGCCUUCACUCGAAGAAGUACGUGCUAUUCAUCACCUUGACGGGACACACCCGGCUGUAGUUUUUGUUCUGCCGCCGUAACAACUACAACAUAACAACCAGCAUGGAGACCCAGCUUGUCACAUCGUUUGGGAAAGUGCUGAGAAUGUUGGGAAACGC